AUGAGUAAGAACAAUGCUCAGGUUCAUUCUUUUUCCGGUGAAAUUGAUGGUACGUCUCUUCCCAAACCCAAAACCACCAGGCUCUAUAAGAUUUGGAAGGGUAACAAUAAAUUUUUUUGUGGUGGGAGACUUAUUUGUGGUCCAGAUGCAUCAUCCUUAGUUUUAACGUCAAUUAUGAUUGGAGGUCCUGCAAUGGCGUUUUGCUUCAAAAUGUUAUUGUUAAUCUACCGGGGAAAUCCUGUUUAUCACUACCUGGUAUUGAUUGGAGCCUUUGUUCUUACAACUUUGGUGGGUUUUGUUUUUUCUUUUCUCUUCCUAACCUCUGGUAGGGAUCCUGGGAUAAUCCCAAGGAAUGUACGUCCACCUGAACUGGAUAAUUCAUUUGGAAAAAUUACUCAAUCAACAGAGUGGGUUAACAACAAAGCUCUUAAUUUGAGAUUGCCUCGGACUAAGGAUUUAAUUAUUAAUGGCCUAUCAAUUAGAGUUAAGUUCUGUGACACGUGUUUGUUGUAUCGGCCACCAAGAGCUUCUCAUUGCUCAAUCUGCAACAACUGUGUUCAGAAGUUUGAUCAUCACUGUCCAUGGGUGGGACAAUGCAUCGGAAUACGCAAUUAUCCAUUCUUCAUUUGUUUUAUAUCAACCUCGACAUUCUUGUGCCUAUAUGUCUUUUUCUUUUCUUGGAUGAACGUCUUACGUAAGGAAGGCAAUUUGUUGACGGUCAUGUCUGAAGAUAUUUUAUCAGUUGCUCUCAUAAUAUAUUGCUUUGUAACUGUUUGGUUCGUUGGUGGGCUUACGGUUUUUCACAUUUAUCUCAUGUGCUCCAACCAGACAACUUAUGAAAAUUUUCGGUACCGGUAUGAUAAGAAGCAAAACCCCUUCAAUAACGGGAUGCGAAAGAAUCUUAAAGAAAUUUUCUUCUCAAAGGUCCCACCUUCAAUGAUUAAUUUCCGAGAUUGGACAACAGAAAAUGAUGUUUCAGUAAUUGGAUCUUUUCGUUCAGAAUAUAGUGAAGACUUCAUUAAUCCAAAAGAAAAAUUUGACCAAGAAAUGGGGAAGAGUGGGAAGGAUGUGGAUAGCCGCAUACCAAGGAUUUUUCAAAAUUUGGAUUUUAAUGGUAUUGAUGGUAAUUUGAAGAAGGCAGGAAAUGGCACUGCUACAUUUGAUCCAUUUUUGGCACCUACUCGAGCACCAAAAUAUGCACCACAGUACUCCACCGAUAAGAGGACACAUUAG